AUGUUCUCAUCAGAUUUAUCUCCACGGGGUAUACAUCACUUAUGGUCUACUAACAAUAACAGCUCCUUACUCAAUUCAUCGCACCAACAUUCAACCAACAAUUCAGAAACUAAAUACCACCACAAACUAUUUGCACCACCCUUGUCAUCAUACACAGCAGAAUCCCCAGGCCCAGAUGCUUUGCAGCUAGAGUAUUUGCAAAUAUCACAUCCAGAUAAACCACAGCCGUCUGUUGAUGAUUUGGCCUUAUUGAUGCGGAUGAAGGAGCAACGGUUGAUGAAGAUUAGAAAUACCGGAUAUUCCACUAUUAGACCAAUUGCUAUUGGGAAAACAAUGGAGGAAUUGGAUUAUGCACAACGGGGCUAUAGUGUGGCUGAGGAUAGUGCAGUCAAUAACAACGUAGCAGCUGAGAACACAAACGAGGAGGAGAUGAGCACGUUACCGUUGAUCAAUGCUGAACAAGAAGAGGUUGACUUGGACGCAGAAAUAUUUAAUGCAGAUGAGCUGCAGUCAGAGGACGAAGAUGAUGAUAUAAAUUUGGUAGAUAGUGAUGAUCCGGAUCUAUCCCAUCAUAUGCAAAGAACCCAAGGCUACAUAAUGGACGAUGAAGGGUUUAUGGCAGCUGAGGUUGAGUACCAGGAUGAUCAUAGUUUGAAUUCGGAGACAAAUACCCACAUUUUGAUGAGUAGCGCCGUAACUGCAAGCAUUCUCCCAACUCGUACAACCGGGAAUCGCACCGCAACUACAAAUCCUACAUCUGCUCCUUCGCUACAAACAUUGGAGGAACAGCAAUUUGAUAAUGAAAACGAGUAUUCUGAGCAAGAUAUGCUCGUUGAUUGA